CAGGGUUUCACCAUGUUGGCCAGGAUGGUCUCGAUCUCCUGACCUUGUGAUCCGCCCGCCUCGGCCUUCCAAAGUGCUUGGGUUACAGGCGUGAGCCACCGCGCCCGGCCAUUGCUUUUUAUUUUUAAUCUAUACCCUCAAACCAUAUUCUCUUUUAAAAUUAUUGACCAUGGGCUCAUAGCUUCUUUUCUCUACAUUUUUAAAGAAAUGUUUGCCUAAAUCUGAAGUGUUGAAUUGACGGUCCAGCAUUCCUUUUAGUGCUGUGACCAAUGAAGGGUCAAACCAAGGACACCUAGGACAUGAGAUGGAGAAGGCAAGUUAGUAAGAUAACAGUGUGGUAGCACUCAUGAAGUAGAUGCAUAAGCAGACCCUAAAGAUUAGGGUGGAUCAGCAGUAGGGUAAUUGUUAGGUGUCACAGGAAGUAAGUGGAACCUGUUAAUCCAAGGGAAUCUAGGGGGAGGCAGUAGGCAAAGUUCCAGGGAGGACAAGUAGUCAGCACCAAGAAAAAUGUCUAACAUUGAGGACAACAGUGUAAGGUAAUGUUGUUUUUCAACAGAUCUUUAUGGAAUGUCUGUAAUGUGGCAGGGUUAAGGCUCAGAACUCUAGGACCAAAAGAACUGAUAGGGUCACACUGGUCAAGAACCCAGCUGAACGAAGAACCCGUUUAGAGUUCUACGUAGUCAUUUGUAAACUCUGUCUGGGCAGAUUAGUUCUUUUUGAUCUUCUGUUUCUUCAUAUGUACAGUGAAGAUAAUAACACCUUAAGGCUGAGAGGAAUACAGAAAUGUGUGUAGAGUUUCUUUUUGUGCCAAGCACUUCUUGUGACAAACAAGGGGAAAUAAUAAAAAGAAUCCUAACAUGUGAAAAAGUUGUCAGUCACUUGGUUAAUAUCCUUUCUAGCUCCUGUGUUGUGUUUCCAAGAAUUGGGUAUCAGUUUUAAACAUGGAAAAUACCAUGAAGAUUACAGAAAAAAAUCCUUCAUUGUCCAUCCUUCUUCUGUGACCUUCCCCAGAAAACUCACCAUGAUUUAUGCCAUGGUCCCUAGGAAGUCUAAUUUUUUAACUUAAUUGACCUUGUCCUUCUCUACUUGCUUAACUUCCCACCUGCUAUGGAAUGUGAGCAGUUUAGAAAGUGUCAAAUGUGGAAUUUAAGGGCUAAACAAUUUUGGCCAUGAGGAAUACUUUUCAGUCACAAAGCAUCACAAAAGUCAAAUAAAUAUCCACGAUUCAAAAGAAAGCCUUAGUAACUCUCUAAACAGGAAAUAAAUUAUAGUAUGGGAUAAUAUAAAGCUUAGAACAGAAUAUAUGUUCACAUUAUAACAACAGAAAUUUUUAUAAUGCUAAACUAUAUAUUUAUUCUCAUUAUAGAAAAUUAUGCACCCAAAUUGACAUUCAGCCCAUAAGAGUAAUAAACACGUGGCAUGGCAGAGUAACUCCCUCUCUUAGAGGAGGAUUUUAAACACCAGAGGGCAGAGUGUUCCAGAGGACAUUUUCAGUUCAGCUGGCCUUUCUUAAUUGUAAAUGCGCAUCCUUACCUUGUCCGUCAGUCAUUCAUGUCGUGGGCAGAAUUUCAAAAGUUAAGAAAUGUGGUUAUUUCAUUUUACUUAUUUUUUUUUUUAAGACACAGAGUCCUGCUUUGUCACCCAGACUGGAGUGUGGUGGCACAAUCACUGCUCAUUGCAGCCUCAACCUCCUGGGGUCAAGAGAUCUUCCCACCUCAGCCUCCUGAGUAGCUGGGACUACAGGCGUGCACCACCGUACCUGGCUAAUUUUUUCAUUAUUUUGUAGAGAUGGGGUCUUGCUAUGUUGCCCAGGCUGGUCUAAAGUCCUGGGCUCAAGCAACCCUCUCACCUCGGUCUCCCAAAGCACUGAGAUUACAGGUGUGAACCACUGUGCCCAGCCAAGAAAUAUGGUCAUUUUAGAAUUGUCUAUGUGGUAUUAUCUGUUUUGAUGACUUUGUUUAGAUAGCACAAUGAGCAGUGUUUUGAGUUAUACCAGAGUUGGUUGAACAUCUCUGUUUUCUCCAUUUCUGGUUAAUGUUCAUGUUUCUGAUUUCUGAAAAUGAUUUUUAGAAAAAAUUAUGUAUACAUCUAUAUCAUUCAGUAAAUUUUAUAACUUUAGAUUAAUGAGGUAAGUAAAGUGAGAGAAAGGAGAUUUGAUAUGUGUAUCUUAUGGCUCAAUAUGCCCUUUUAUGCCCUGCUUAUCAAUAAAAACAUUCUGAAAGAACCACCUGCCAACUCAUGACCUUUUUCAAAUGUUACAAUUAUCAUUUAGAGGUAGCAUCACACAUUUGGGAUAAUUUUAUUCAGGGUUUAGAUAGUAAAGUCAACAUAUAAAAUAAAAACUGAGUAUAAAGAAAAUUAUCCUCAGAAAUCCAUUACAUAUCAUUCACGACAUUCAUUAAACAGAAAUACUGCUUCUCAGUAUAUCCAGCCCUGCCAGUUUAUCCUUUAGAGUUGUAACUAUUUUACUCUUUACUCUCUUUUUCUUUGACCACCAGAUGAAGUAGUUGGCUGAUGUAUAGGGAUCACAUAUAUGAUUUUUAAGAAUAUAUUUCUUUUUCUUCUCUGUCACUCAUUACCCUACUGCUGCAGAUUGAAGUCCUGAUCUGGAGCAGUAGCCGUUGCUAGGAAAGACACAACCCCACGUAGAAAGUUGGCCAAAGCUUGAAUUGCUAUAGCUAGUAGAAUGGUUACUUUCUUAACUCCUGUGAGAAUAGAGAUUUCGUAUGUACAUCUCUUCAUAAAUAUUACCCUACCUUUAAGCACAAUAGAGUUUAGCACGGAUGAUUACUCCUUAGAGAAAGCUUUUAAUAUAGCAAGACUGAAAAAAGAAUAAAAAUAAAAAAGAAUGUAAAACUAUAUAAGUUUUAGCAUGACUUACCUAAAUUAAUCAUAAAGGAGUUAAAAAUUAGUAACCAAGGGGAAGAGCUUAACUCCUUAAAUCUCUCUCCACCCUUAAGUUAAAUCCAAUUUUUCAAGCAAAACAAAACCUGUGUACUUUGUCUUUUGAAGUAUUUUAAUCAUGUCCUCAUCCUAGUUAGCUCCUACACAGCAUAAGCAACGUUAGAAAAAAUUAUUUGUUGUCCAAGUUUACAUUUUUUGCAGAACUUUUCUGGUAUCUCUCUAAUGCAAAGAUCUGCUCAACAUGACUUGAUGAUGGGGAGGUGGGAGAGAAAGUUGCUCUUUUUACCUAAGAUAUUGAAUAAUCAGUAUUCUAAAAAGUCACAACUGAAGAGAAUUUCCCUCAAAAAUAACUACUGGCACAAGACAAUAUUUGAGUUAAAAAACUUACUAGGUAGAAGAGAUUAGACUAUCCAGGAAACAGAAUGAGAUAGGCUGUCCAUGGAAUUUUCAAGUCAAACAUAAUAGCUCAUUUUUGAGUUUGCCCUACAGUUUUCUAGUUAGGUAGGAUAAAAAGUAAUAGGUUAUUUUAAACAACUCAAUCACUUUGCAUGUUCUUUGAUAUUAACCAUUCCAUAGAAACCACUUAUACUUCUUUAUUACCAAGUUACUAUUUUCUAAAGACAUAAGUCAUGUUGAGGCAGUAGAAUUACUUGUACAUUAUUAUAUUAAAUAAUCCUUGAACGCUAGUCCGCAGUAUCUGUAUCUACUAUAAUUCUAAAAAGAAAUAGCUACUAGCUACUUGUGAAAAGUAUAUGCAGUGUGAUGGGACACAAUAUCCAAUCAAACAUAAAACCUAGCCUGGAAAAAUAUUUACCCUUUCAGGCAAUUUUCUGUGUUUAUGGAAUUCUAUUGAAAUUCCACUUUUCAUUUUUAUCUUUGCUGUUUUGCUUAGAUACUAUUAAAAAAGAUAAUAUAGAUUUUUAGAAUUUUAAGACUUUGCUUUGUAUUUAUUUUUUUCUAUUCCCACAGUAGCUUUAGGAAUAAGGUAGAAAAUGCUUUACUGAGAUGAAUCAGUGGGUCAGAGUAGUUAGGUGCCUUACUCAGGGUUAUAUUUAGAAGUAGCAAAGCUGUUAGUCCAGCUACAGUCAAGACUAGUCAAAUGCAUGUCCAUCCCACUACAUUGCAAUUCUUUUUAGUCACAUUUUACUGAGGUUCUUCAUUUAUGGAGAUAAAUGCAUCAUAAAUCUAUGACCAACAAAUACGUAACUUUUCCAGAAUUGGUAUUAUAAUGGCAGUGUUGCCCACAUAAGAGAAUGGUAUAAUAGGUAAAUUUACCUAAUAUUUUGCUUUGUAUUGUAUCUGAAUAUUUCAUUAAAUAAAUGGUGAUGGAAAAGUAACACAGAGAUAUGAUAUAGAACAAUUUCAUAUAGAACUACCCUAUCUAAAUAGAUGAAAUAUCAUAGCAUCAGUGACCCAUGCUUAAUAAAUCUAAUGAAAGAUAUUUUUCUGCACCAGUCAUCUCAGAGCAACAUCCAGAAGACUAUAGAGAGAGUACCAUUACGACAAUCUAUGCAUUGGUGCUUUCACUAGCUCCCCCUUCCCCUGUGAUACCGUUUGGAAGCUAUCCUACUAUCCCCUGGAAGGGGGAGCUCUUCCUAAUUCCUGGGAGGUGAGGGAAAACUAUGACAAGAAAAAGAUUGUCCAGGCCCAGUUAGGGAGAGGCCUUUAGAAGCAUGGAGUGGACCAGUAACCCUGUCUUACAAGUGAUUGACGGAGAAGUUUUCUUGUUCAUGAAUGAAGGCUAUGAGCAUUUUUAGUGAAGUAAGUGUCUUUUGAAACUUUCUUUAUCUAGAAGGAAUACAGGUGAUAGUAUGCCUCUCUUUGAAAUUGGUGUCAUUGCUACUUUAUUAGUCAAUCAGUUGAUAGUGCUGCAGUUUUGGCAUAUCUGAUGCAUACCAUCUGAAUGAAAGGCAUUUAAUUAGGGUUUUAAUAUCUCUAAGUAUUUAAAAAUGAAUUUUCUGCUAUCUCAAACUCUAGACAGUUCCUUACAUUGCAACAAAAUCACUGUAUAAUUUUAACACUUAACAAUAAAUUAUGGAGAUACUGCAGACCUAUAUUAGCUUGCUAAAGUAUUAAUAUUUUAAAUUACCUCAAUUGCAUUUUUUGUUGGUGCCUACUAAGUAACUGUUUUACAGCGUAUAUUCACACAGCUCUGAUUCAGAAAUUCAGAAGAGCAAAACAUGAGAAGGAAGCGGUAAGAGAGGAGUUUUCAGCUUUAAGGCAUGAGGAGCUUACAGCUUUUUAAUAUAAAUUGUUCCCAGAAUCCAUGUCACAGAUCCUUAUAUGGUGCUGCUUUUUUCCUCUUGGUUGCUAUGACAACAGCAGCACUGCACCAUUCAUCAGCUCUGGACCUGGGCUGCACUGCUAGCCUUCCUUGUUACUCCUGAAUGUUAAGAAGAACAUCCGUGAAUCAUUCACUCUGUUAACGCUGCGCCAUUAGAAACCUAAGAACCAGUUCUUCCAGUAAUUUGCUCUAACAGAGGGUGAACUAAACUGCGCCACAGAGAAAAAUUGUGUAAAAAUAUUUCUUUUAUCCUAAUGGAAUCAUACAACCUAUAUUUGCUGCAGUAUUCUGAAAGGACAAGCUUAUAUCAACCAAUCUAAUGAAAAGAACUCGUCUGUGUAAUCUCUUGAAAUCAUUAGUUGUUCAAAACAGAAUACCACAGUGCUUCUCUGGAUACAAAAAGAAGCAGGUGAUGUUGUUAGGGGUUCUAAACCCCUUUGGGAGCAUCUCUUGUGCUUUGGGACCAUAAUCAACAUCUGCUAUAAGAAGUAUCACCUGUAACACACACCCCUCUGAGGAAGGCAAAGUUUGUUGAGAGCCCACGAAUUCCAGAAUCCGAGCUUGGCUCACCAACCCUCACUUCAGCUCAGAAACUGGACGUGGAUGCAUACUGCCCUGGUGAUGCUGAACAGGAGCUUGGCCCCCCUCCAUCUGUAGAUGAGGCAGCAAACACACUCAUGACUCGUCUGGGUUUCCUCCUUGGAGAGAAAGUCACAGAAGUUCAGCCAGGUGACCAAUACAGCAUGGAAGUACAGGAUGAAAAUCAGACCUCAGCAAUCACCCAGCGGAUAAGUCCUUGUUCCACUCUGACUAGCAGCACUGCCUCUCCACCAGCCAGUAGCCCCUGCUCUACACUCCCACCCAUCAGUACAAAUGCAACUGCCAAGGACUGCAGCUAUGGGGCUGUUACUAGUCCAACCUCUACCCUUGAAAGCAGAGAUAGUGGCAUCAUUGCUACAUUAACAAGCUAUUCUGAAAAUGUGGAACGCACAAAAUAUGCUGGGGAAAGUAGUAAAGAAUUAGGAUCUGGAGGAAACAUAAAACCUUGGCAAUCUCAAAAAUCCAGCAUGGACUCCUGUUUGUAUCGAGUAGAUGAAAACAUGACUGCUUCCACCUAUAGUCUGAAUAAGAUCCCAGAGAGAAAUUUGGAAACAGUGUUAUCUCAAUCAGUACAGUCUAUUCCUUUGUAUCUCAUGCCACGGCCAAAUUCAGUAGCAGCCACCAGCUCUGCCCACUUGGAAGACCUUGCUUACCUGGAUGAGCAGAGACAUACACCUUUGAGAACUUCUCUACGAAUGCCAAGACAGAGCAUGGGUGGUGCUCGCACACAGCAGGAUUUAAGAGUUCGCUUUGCACCUUAUAGGCCUCCAGAUAUCUCCUUGAAGCCUCUGCUCUUUGAAGUGCCCAGCAUCACUACAGAGUCAGUGUUUGUUGGCCGAGAUUGGGUUUUCCACGAAAUAGAUGCUCAACUUCAAAGUUCAAAUGCCAGCGUGAACCAAGGAGUAGUGAUUGUGGGAAACAUUGGAUUCGGCAAAACUGCCAUCAUCUCCAGACUGGUGGCCCUCAGCUGCCAUGGUACAAGGAUGAGACAGAUCGCCUCAGACAGCCCACAUGCCUCCCCCAAACAUGUGGAUGCCAACAGAGAGCUGCCACUCACACAGCCACCUUCAGCCCACUCAUCUAUCACCAGUGGAAGCUGCCCAGGAACUCCGGAAAUGCGCAGGCGGCAGGAGGAGGCUAUGCGAAGACUAGCCUCGCAGGUGGUUGCCUAUCACUAUUGUCAAGCAGAUAAUGCCUACACUUGCUUGGUGCCAGAAUUUGUCCACAAUGUUGCUGCCUUGCUCUGCCGCUCACCUCAGCUGACAGCCUAUCGGGAGCAGCUUCUUCGGGAACCUCACCUGCAGAGCAUGCUGAGCCUUCGUUCCUGUGUUCAAGACCCCAUGGCCUCCUUCCGGAGGGGAGUUCUGGAGCCACUAGAAAAUCUCCAUAAAGAGAGAAAAAUCCCAGAUGAAGAUUUCAUCAUUUUAAUUGAUGGAUUAAAUGAAGCAGAAUUUCACAAACCGGAUUAUGGGGAUACAAUUGUAUCGUUUCUGAGUAAAAUGAUCGGAAAGUUUCCUUCUUGGCUCAAACUAAUUGUAACAGUUAGGACCAGUUUACAGGAAAUUACCAAGCUGCUGCCUUUCCAUAGGAUUUUUUUGGAUCGACUAGAAGAGAAUGAAGCCAUAGACCAGGACCUGCAGGCUUACAUCCUGCACCGGAUACACAGCAGCUCAGAGAUCCAGAAUAACAUUUCACUUAAUGGCAAAAUGGACAAUACUACAUUUGGCAAACUCAGUUCUCAUCUCAAGACCCUCAGUCAAGGGUCCUAUCUAUAUCUGAAGCUUACAUUUGACCUCAUAGAGAAAGGCUAUCUAGUGUUAAAGAGCUCUAGCUACAAAGUAGUUCCUGUUUCGCUCUCAGAGGUUUAUUUACUCCAGUGCAAUAUGAAGUUCCCAACCCAGUCUUCCUUUGACCGGGUGAUGCCUCUCCUGAAUGUGGCAGUGGCCUCUCUCCACCCACUGACUGAUGAGCAUAUCUUCCAGGCCAUCAAUGCUGGGAGCAUUGAAGGCACACUAGAAUGGGAGGAUUUUCAGCAGAGAAUGGAGAACCUCUCCAUGUUCCUAAUCAAGCGCAGAGACAUGACUCGUAUGUUUGUACAUCCUUCUUUUCGAGAAUGGCUUAUCUGGAGAGAAGAAGGAGAGAAAACCAAAUUUCUCUGUGAUCCGAGGAGUGGUCACACGUUACUUGCCUUCUGGUUUUCCCGCCAAGAGGGAAAACUAAACCGACAGCAGACUAUUGAACUGGGACAUCACAUCCUCAAAGCACACAUUUUUAAGGGUUUGAGUAAAAAAGUUGGUGUAUCAUCCUCCAUCCUCCAAGGUCUCUGGAUCUCCUAUAGCACAGAAGGUCUUUCCAUGGCACUGGCGUCUUUACGAAAUCUCUACACUCCAAAUAUAAAGGUCAGCCGACUGCUGAUUUUGGGAGGUGCCAAUAUUAAUUACCGGACAGAGGUUUUAAAUAAUGCUCCAAUUCUAUGUGUUCAGUCCCAUCUUGGUUACACAGAAAUGGUAGCCCUGCUGCUGGAGUUCGGGGCCAACGUGGAUGCCUCUUCUGAAAGUGGCCUGACUCCCCUGGGAUAUGCUGCAGCAGCAGGGUACCUGAGCAUUGUGGUGCUGCUGUGCAAGAAACGGGCCAAGGUGGAUCAUUUGGAUAAGAACGGGCAGUGUGCUUUGGUUCAUGCUGCACUCCGAGGUCAUCUGGAGGUUGUCAAGUUUUUGAUUCAGUGUGACUGGACGAUGGCCGGCCAGCAGCAAGGAGUAUUUAAGAAGAGCCAUGCCAUCCAACAGGCCCUCAUUGCUGCAGCCAGCAUGGGUUAUACUGAGAUUGUCUCCUACCUACUUGAUCUUCCAGAAAAAGAUGAAGAGGAAGUAGAGCGAGCACAGAUCAACAGCUUUGACAGUCUCUGGGGAGAGACAGCCCUAACAGCUGCAGCCGGAAGGGGCAAACUGGAGGUGUGCCGUUUGCUCUUGGAACAAGGGGCGGCAGUGGCCCAGCCAAACCGCCGAGGAGCAGUGCCACUAUUCAGCACAGUGCGCCAGGGCCACUGGCAGAUUGUUGAUCUUUUACUCACCCAUGGAGCGGAUGUCAACAUGGCAGACAAGCAGGGCCGCACUCCGCUGAUGAUGGCUGCUUCCGAAGGCCAUCUAGGAACCGUGGACUUUCUGCUUGCACAAGGUGCCUCCAUUGCUCUUAUGGACAAAGAAGGAUUGACAGCCCUCAGCUGGGCUUGUUUGAAGGGCCAUCUGUCAGUAGUACGUUCUCUGGUGGAUAACGGAGCUGCCACAGACCAUGCUGACAAGAAUGGCCGUACCCCACUGGAUCUGGCAGCUUUCUAUGGCGAUGCUGAGGUGGUCCAGUUCCUGGUAGAUCAUGGGGCCAUGAUCGAGCACGUUGACUACAGUGGAAUGCGCCCUUUGGAUAGGGCAGUGGGGUGCCGGAACACUUCUGUUGUUGUCACUCUUCUGAAGAAAGGAGCCAAGAUAGGUUGUCAGACGUUACCGAGUCGCCCACGAGGUCCAGCCACAUGGGCGAUGGCCACCUCCAAGCCAGACAUCAUGAUCAUCCUGUUGAGCAAGCUGAUGGAAGAGGGGGACAUGUUUUAUAAGAAAGGUAAAGUAAAGGAAGCUGCCCAGCGCUACCAGUACGCCCUGAAGAAGUUCCCUAGAGAAGGGUUUGGUGAGGACUUGAAAACUUUCCGGGAACUAAAGGUGUCUCUCCUCCUCAACCUCUCUCGGUGUCGCAGGAAAAUGAACGAUUUUGGAAUGGCGGAGGAAUUUGCUACUAAGGCCCUGGAGCUGAAACCGAAAUCUUAUGAAGCUUACUAUGCGAGAGCAAGGGCAAAACGCAGCAGCAGACAGUUCGCAGCAGCCUUAGAGGACCUGAACGAGGCCAUCAAGCUGUGUCCCAACAACCGUGAGAUCCAGAGACUUCUGCUGAGAGUGGAAGAAGAGUGUAGACAGAUGCAGCAGCCACAGCAGCCACCGCCGCCACCGCAGCCUCAGCAGCAGUUGCCGGAAGAAGCAGAACCUGAGCCACAGCAUGAAGACAUAUACUCUGUACAGGAUAUAUUCGAGGAGGAGUACCUGGAACAGGAUGUUGAAAAUGUUUCCAUUGGCCUCCAGACAGAGGCCCGGCCCAGCCAGGGGCUCCCGGUCAUCCAGAGCCCACCCUCCUCUCCCCCGCAUCGGGACUCAGCCUACAUCUCCAGCUCACCUCUUGGCUCUCAUCAGGUUUUUGACUUCCGGUCCAGUAGUUCUGUAGGCUCUCCCACUAGACAGACCUAUCAGUCCACCUCACCUGCCCUUUCUCCAACUCAUCAGAAUUCACAUUACAGGCCUAGCCCACCACACACUUCCCCGGCUCAUCAGGGAGGAUCUUACCGUUUCAGCCCCCCUCCUGUGGGAGGACAGGGCAAAGAAUACCCAAGCCCUCCCCCUUCCCCUCUCCGGAGAGGCCCUCAGUAUCGGGCCAGCCCUCCAGCUGAAAGUAUGAGUGUCUAUAGAUCCCAGUCUGGUUCACCCGUGCGCUAUCAGCAGGAAACAAACGUCAGUCAGCUUCCUGGCAGACCCAAAUCUCCAUUAUCCAAAAUGGCCCAGCGGCCCUACCAGAUGCCUCAGCUCCCUGUGGCAGUUCCCCAGCAAGGGCUCAGGCUACAGCCUGCCAAGGCCCAGAUUGUGAGAAGUAACCAGCCCAGCCCAGCCGUCCAUUCAAGCACCGUCAUCCCCACAGGAGCCUAUGGCCAAGUAGCCCAUUCAAUGGCCAGUAAAUACCAGUCUUCACAAGGAGACAUAGGAGUCAGCCAGAGCCGGUUGGUUUAUCAAGGGUCAAUUGGGGGAAUCGUAGGGGAUGGGAGGCCGGUGCAGCAUGUCCAAGCCAGCCUGAGUGCAGGCGCCAUCUGUCAGCAUGGAGGAUUGACCAAAGAGGAUCUUCCACAGCGACCUUCCUCAGCAUACCGAGGUGGCGUGAGAUACAGCCAGACACCACAGAUCGGACGCAGCCAGUCAGCAUCCUAUUACCCAGUCUGUCACUCAAAACUAGAUCUGGAGCGCUCCUCCAGCCAACUAGGUUCCCCUGAUGUGUCGCAUUUAAUCAGAAGACCUAUCAGUGUCAACCCUAACGAAAUCAAACCGCACCCGCCAACUCCCAGGCCGUUGCUGCAUUCCCAAAGUGUAGGCCUUCGCUUCUCUCCAUCUAGCAAUAGUAUCUCCUCCACCUCCAACCUAACUCCGACCUUCCGGCCAUCUUCUUCCAUCCAGCAAAUGGAGAUCCCACUGAAACCUGCAUAUGAGAGGUCAUGUGACGAGCUGUCGCCAGUGUCUCCAACUCAAGGAGGUUACCCCAGUGAGCCCACCCGAUCCAGGACCACACCAUUCAUGGGGAUCAUAGAUAAAACAGCACGGACUCAGCAGUACCCCCACCUCCACCAGCAGAAUCGGACCUGGGCAGUGUCAUCUGUGGACACCGUCCUCAGUCCCACGUCUCCAGGCAACCUGCCUCAGCCUGAGUCCUUCAGUCCACCAUCAUCCAUCAGCAACAUUGCCUUUUAUAACAAAACCAACAAUGCACAGAAUGGCCAUUUGCUGGAGGACGAUUAUUACAGCCCCCAUGGGAUGCUGGCUAACGGGUCUCGUGGAGACCUCUUGGAGCGAGUCAGCCAGGCCUCCUCCUAUCCCGAUGUGAAGGUAGCUCGGACUCUACCUGUGGCUCAGGCAUACCAGGACAACCUGUACAGGCAGCUGUCCCGAGACUCUCGGCAAGGGCAGACAUCCCCUAUCAAACCAAAGAGACCGUUUGUGGAGUCUAAUGUUUAAAAGACGUUUUGUUGGAGUGAGACCCAUAUGUUUUCACUGCACAUUUUCAGGCUUGGUUUCCACAUUCGAGGUAGUUCUCUGGCUUAAUUUCUCAUGUAGUUUCUGUGUGGUGUUCAGAGGUGGCAGCCCACAUGCUGAAAUCCUUUGCAUGCAGCCGACUGGGAAGCGGCCUCCCGGGAGCCAGGACUUCAGUUUCUCUUGUCUGUGCCCAGCCACAUGCUCUCUCCCUCUCUUCAGAUGCCAACGAGGAGAUUUUCGUGCCGUGUGCUUUAACCCAGGGAGAUCAGACACACUGGUCAGCUUUUUCCAGGAGACAAUCGCUUUCACUGAUGUUCUUGUUGUGUAAUUGUCUUUUUCCUUUUUUAAAAAAUAAGGUGUUCUUGUUCGUUUUCUUCUAGAAACUUUAGAAAGAGUGCGAUGCCCCUUUGCCUUUGCAUUCUUAGCCAGUGUCACCCACACAGCCAGCCGCAGCGCAUUCUCAUGCUGUGGCCCCUCCCCAGACCGCCAGCGCCCUGCAGCCACCAGGUCUACAGUGUGCAUUAGGAUUAUUGCUGGUCUUCCUAGGGGGUAAAAGGAUCAGAGAGAGAAGAAUUAAGUGCUAAAUUGGAAGAAAACCCCAAUAUAAUUAUGUAAAAUGUCACUACAUUGAUUUUCCAAGAGGCAUUGUAGGAACAUGUCAAAAACAGCCAGCCCUUUAAAUAUUGCAGUUAGCCAAGGAAAUUAGAUGAGAAUUGUGGCUAUUAAGAGAAUUCACUGAGAGUUAUUCUCUAGAUUUUUAGCCGACAAUUAACCACUAAAAGCUGCUGCUUUUCCAGGGUGGGGGAGGGAAUGAAUACAUAGAAAAACAAAAAAGAUUGUUCUGGAUUCUCAGUGAAAGGCUAUAGGAAGUCUGUUCUGGAGACAUCUACUUUUUAGAUCCUGAUACAUCACUGAGUGUCAUACUCCACUAAAAGGAAACUCUAACCGAAGGCUGGCUGGUGUGACAAUCCCGUUAGUUGGAUCUUCACCUACAGCCAGAUUUUGUUCUAGUGGCCCUCUUUCUGUAAACCCAGAUGGUGUCAUACAGAAAUCGUUUCUUUCAGAAGCAGAUUGGAAUCUCUUGGGACCAUGAGACUGAGUCCCAAUAUUUCCACCCAGGGUCAUGCCCGUUGUUGUCUACUUCCAUUUUGAGAUCUAUAGUUUGAUUAUCUAUUAUUACAGGAACUGUUUCUUUUCUUUUUCUAGGAGUAUUUAUGAGAGUGUGAUAUUUUAAAGUCAGACGCAGCAAAAACUGUUUCAGGGUGAAGAAAGACCCCUUUCAGCCCUGUUUUGUAGCCCUGGGUGGGGGCAUGAGAUAGACAGCAAGCUUCUGAUCUGGUCACUGUACACAUCUUCUAGGUCUCGUGGUCAUUUGGUAGGCUGACCUUUGAGUGAGCGAGGCCACUGUUGAGUGGAUAGCAAGAACAUUGGAACCAAAGCCUCGGCACAGGCCUGGCACUGGCUGUACAUCAGCUCUUACAACUAAACAACUCAACUAAGCAACUGAAACGAAACAAAGGAGCAUUCGUUCUCUGUUAUUAGGAAUCAUUCUGCUCUGUUAGGGAAGGGCUGCAGGAAGGGCAGUUUCCUGAAUAAAAAUCUGGCUGCGACCAGUCCCAUGUGUCUGGUAAGUAAGUAAGUAAGUGCCCUUUGAAGGGAUCAUUAAGACACAGGGAGCAUGAACCUGAGAUCAGAAGCAUUUCUUUACUAAUUUAGAUUCUGCGAAAUGGACGGACCUCUCCACCCCCAAACCUAAAACAGGCCAGGACUUGUCUCUGUGCUGAAAGCAAAUAGCGGGACUAACUCAAGCCCCAGCCUCUUUCCACCCUCCCUGAUACCUAAGGACUGCUUUCUCAGCUAGACCAGGGUGGGCAUCAGCGACGCCUUCUCAGCUAGACCAGGGUAGGCAUCAGCGUCCUCUCUCCAUCUCUAUACCCCUCUCUCUCACAUCAGGAAGAUGAAAUGUGUAGCUCUAGCGGCAACCUCUAGCCAGGAGCCCAGUGGCCUCUCAGAUUGCUUUUUGGCCAGGUCUCAGCACUGCUGGCAUCUUUACAUCUUACUCCUUACAACCGCCUCUCGCUGAGGAGCCACUGCAUUUUGAAGAAUUUCUCCGUGUCUGUUAGAAAAGUGCUCCUGCUCAUUUGGAACGCCACACACCACCCACACUCACCUGUCCAGGCGAAUGAGCAGGUCCUGUAGCUUUACAAACAUGCCGCUGAUGCCGCUUCUCCCCAGGGUCUCUCAGUUUUCCAGGACAAAAAGGAGAUUUAGGGCCUAUACCCUAUGGGCAAAACACCUAAAAUGUCAACAGUCAAAAUGCCAUUCUUUUUGGCCAUCAUAAGAGGGAGUAGGUAUCACUGCUGCAUGCCAGUUGUUUUUGACUAGAAUAUGCCAACCAGAGCUUGUUGGGGCAGGAGACGUCUUUCCUUACAAGCAGACUGCCUGUGCCCUGUGCCCUGUUUGCUAUUUCACUGCCAUGGAAUGAUCCGAGUACUGUAUUUCAGAGCUGCCCCUUCCCCAGCAGCAAACACUCGCUGAGUCCAUGUCUGGCUUCAGGUGGGAGGAAAUGUUUCAGAUGAAACUUACUCAAUUCAUAUCACCCUGAAAUGGAGGACAGAGGUGACAAACUUCAGUUUAAUAGGUUUCUCACCAAGUUGUAUGUUCCAUUGGCCCAGGAUUCUUGCACUAAUGGGUUUCUAUCACAUCAUGUCUAUAAAUGGGUGCACUUUACUGUUUGAAUUUGUAACUGAAGUACUGGAUAUUUAAGUGUGAGUAAUGUCUUCAUUAGAAAAUAGCAGAACCGCUCUUGUCUUUUAGUGUAUUUUUCAAGAAAAAAGGAAAGGAAAGACAUCAAGCAGUGGAUCACAACAUUUAUAGCACAAGAAAUAACUUGUAUAUAAGCAUCAAAAAGAUUAAGAAUUUUUUAAUAUGAAAAAUAUUUGCAGUGAUUUUAAAGUGCUUUUCCAGCAAUGUUCUUAGGGACUCCUGAGACACGGUUACUUUAUCUACUGGAUCAGUAAGGCACACAAUUAACAAUUAACAAUUAAUGUUUAUUUACAAAGUAAAGGGAAAACCUGUGUAACAUGAGAAUUUGGCAUGACAAAAUGGAGACCAUUUUGUAUCUGCUGUUGUAUCUUGUCCGGGUUGCAGACGUGCACUAUUAAAGUCCCAAGUUAAUAGAGCACAAACCCUUCUCGCUCCUCCCCCAUGUGCCCCUCUUUUUAGAUGUGUAUAACUUAAAAACUCGAUGGCUCAGGAAAAUUCCACUAAUUAGAAUCAUGUACAGUACCCCAGGUCGUUGUCCAGAUAUACAAGUUUGCUAAUGUAGUUAAGCCUGGAUUAUUAAACACUUUUCCUAAAUUAUUGUAAACAGAACAGCUUAGAGAAAGGUAUUCUCAGUCCUUAUAUUGUAUAGUAGCUUAUGAGCCCCUCUCUAAAUAUUGGUAUUUUUAUAUUCCAGAGAUGUACCCAAUAGAAAAAAUUAAAAAUUAAUCAGUAUCUAAUUUAAUAUCCAUAAGUAUUUUUCCUUAGAUUUUAGUCACAUACAGUGGGCUAUGUGGAUGUCACUUGUGCUUCACCAUAGUUUACCACUAGGUGUCACUGUGGCUCUGCACUGCGCUUGUUUUGUAGCAAAGAACAGCGGCAUCCCCUCGGGAGAGAGGAGCUGCUUCCAGGGCAACAGGCAAGCGGGCUCAGAGGUUCAGGAGAAGGCAACAGAGGCCUGGAAGGGGUCUUCGUGCAUCUGUGCCAGUUGUGCAAGACGAACUCUUUGAACACUACAUGCUUUGGACUUCAGCCAGGCAGAGGCUGGAAGAAGGUUGACCAGAGCUCCCUUGCUCUGGUAGAGGGAUGGGUACAUGGAGAAGCCCCUUCUUCCCCAUGAGCCUCCCUCCUCUCAGUUCCUCUCAGCCUCCAGCUUUUAUAACUCCAGAAGCGUCACAGUUGGGUGGUUUGAUUCAGAGAGAGUUAUUUUUCUACUGCAGAAAUGCCUUGGACAAAACCAGUGCUCACUGAAUCUUUGCCACAAAAUGGAACAGGCUAUCCCAGGGGGCAAGAGGUGCCCGCCCCUGUGCCCAGCCUCCUCUUGAUGCUCCCAGUGCCCAGCAGCCUCGCACACCCUGCCUGUCUGUUCCUGGGCUGCCCAUUUCUCAAGAAACCGACCUGCAAAGGCAGCCGGCUGCUGCCUCCACACCGAGGGCUGUGCGGUCCUGCUGCUUGCUCACUGGGAGGUGCAGCUCUUUCUCCUCUUCCUCUAGGAAUUCCAGACCGACCAUCUACCAUGACUAACAACAAUGAACAAAGGGCUUAGGGGCAAGAGCUACCUGCAAAGACGUGUCAUGGAACCCUUCACCAUGCAAUGCCUUGAACUCAGCUCUGGCUGCUCCCAAGAAAAGGUGGCUGGCUGGGGGCCUGGACACAAGCACAAUGGGGCUGGUGGAGCCACUGUGCAGAGCUACUUGAAUAAUCACUGGGUUUUCAUCAACUCCUUUUGUCAUACAGACCACUCAAGGGCUGAAGUGUUGGUAACCUUCAUUUCGGUGUCCAAAGCCUCACAGCAGGUGAGCCACCCUGAGAUGCUUGUGGCCACAUGGUGGCCACAGUCAGAGCUUUGAAAGUCAGUACCAAAUGAACGCAUAAUUGGACACCAAAAAUCAAGUGUUACUUUCAUGUUUCCUCACCCCAUCAUCUCAUUGCCUCCUGCUGACUCUGAUACCGACGCUGAGCUGACUUGCCAGGCUGCCGCUGGAUGCGUAGAGAUCAGGCCAGCGCCGCGCUCAUUUUUCCAGGUAGACCUACUCUGUGGAACGGAAGUGCCCUAGCUGCUUUGUUUUUGUAGCACUUGCUGGCUGAAUUUUUCUUUUGCUAAUCGCUAACCAGAAAGUCUGGUUAGAGGGGGCUCAACUCAAUCCCUUUGGUCCCCAGCGCCAGACAAGAGUUAAUUCUGGAAAAUUCAGUACUUGAAUGUACCUGCCUUAUUGCAUACCAAUUUACUGGGGGGAAAAAAAAAAGUUAAGAGAUGCCGGCUCCAGAUCUCCACUUCAUUCACAGGUGAUUUUGGAAAUCCUGUAAGUUACACUUCCUGUUCUGGUUUUGUUUUGUUUUUUGUUUCCUUUGGCUGAUUCCUGCUGAGUGAGGCCAGUUCCUCAUCAGGCUCAGGGCAGGUGCCUUUUCAGGCGUGGCCUCCUUUCCAUCUAGCACAGCAUCUUUGUCUCUGUUCUGUCUCCUCCAAAUCCAAGAUGAUUUUAAUUAGUACAGACAUGUACAGUCUACAAUUAAAGAGUGAUUUGUACUAAUAUGAUUUUGAUUCUUCCUCCUCUUUGCUGUCCUUUCAAGACACUUGCUGGAAAAAGCUUUAAUGCACUUAGUUUUCCUUUAGGUUUUCUAUGACUCAGAUGUAAAGGACUUUCUCUGUACAGUAUAUUAUCCAAUGCAUGUUUGUUCUCUCUCCUGAUAUAUUGAACACCACACAGUUGUGAAGCCGUGCAGUGGGGAUGCCCCACACCCCACAGAGGCAUCUACCCCUGUGUAUAAGGAAAGACAUUUUCCUUUGCUGUACUUGCUUGAGCAGUUUUAUUGUCUGUACAUGUGAGCUGUGUGAGAUAGAUGUGAAAAGUUCAAAUGAAUGCAUUUUCCUGCCCCAUGUAUACAGAUUGUCAUCUGUACAAUGAACUGUAUGUAUGAAAGCAAAUGUACUUAUUUAUAAAUGGCUAACACUUGGAAAA